AUGGAAAGACGAUGCCGACCUCACGCUUCACCGCCACGGCCGCCGCCGCCUAGAGUAGCACUCGUCGACCCGAACAGUCACCGUCUCUCAUUCAGCGCCCGCAGCCGCAGCCGCCGCCGCCGCCGCCGCUGCCGCUCGGGGGAGGAGAGUGAGCUGGAACCACCCCGUCCGCGCCAGGGGUGGGGGACGAGAGCGGACCUGGCGGGGGCGCGCGCCAAGCGGGCGGGGCGGAGCCGCGCGCGCGCGCACCAACGGAGCGCGCUCGCGGGGGCUCUGAGAGCUGCAGCCGUCAGGGUCUUAACCUCGCGCUUCCCGCCCGCAGCUUUUCGGCCCCGCGGAGCCCAACUGCCGCCGGGGAUCGGUGCCCGCAGCGCGCGCAGCCAUCCGCAACCCCACCGCCCGGCGCCUGCUGAAAGGAGGGGCUCCCACCGGCCAAACAACGGGGGGGAAGGGGUGGGAGGAUGGACAGGUGGGGCGUCCGCCACCGCCUGGCCACCCGCUCCCAGAACGCGGCCCUCUGUGAAAUCCGCCGUGAUGUCUGUGGCCUUCAGCGCCGGGCUCUUCACCUUUAAGGCCAGAGAACAAAGUCCGGAAGCACUUGGCCCCAAGAUCAAAUAUCCAGCCCACGCCAGCGGUGUUUUUAGAAGUCACUGCGGACAAAUGAGGGGGCUCCAAAUGUGGAGAGUCACCCCACUGCCUUAGAUAAGGUCAUAAAUUAUGGUGAUCAACAUCCUCACACAUUAAGAUUCGGGAAGUGUUAGAAGUAGGCCUUUGUAAGAUGUUACGCAGGGUACUACCCUUGACUUAAGGAGCAAAUGACAGAAAUUGGGCGGAAAGGUGUUGUUUCAGAGUCUACUAAAUGGGUGGCCUACUUAAAGCUAGCACCAUUUGAUGCAGUGUGACUAUUAACGGAAGGUUUUAAGUGAGCCGCCUUUGUAUCUGCUGUCAUUAGACCAUUUGGAAAUGGAUAAUUAUUUGAUGAUCUGCAGUUCUUUCUCUAGGCAAUGUGCAGUAGAAUGUGGAAAGAAUACUAUGUACCAGCAUUAAGUGUAAAACAUGAAAGGACCAAUAAUUCACUA